GCAUAUGCUCGCCAGAAUCCCUUCACCUCGCUCACCUCAUUCCUCUCUCAAGACCACGUUCAUGCCGACACCACCACCGCUGCUGAUGCCGCUGCUGCUGCUGGUCGCUCCAAGAGUGGCAUCACUGGCAGUGACAAGGAGGACGGCCCCACGGAGAUCACAGCAGAGCACAUAGCAGCAGUGGCCGCCCACUGGACCGGUAUCCCCCUGCAGCAGCUCUCCCUCUCGGACCAGCAGCACCUGGCAGGGCUGGAAGAGGCACUAGAGACGCGCGUGGUGGGGCAGGGGGCAGCUGUGCGGGUGAUAGCACGGGCGGUGCAGCGAGCGAGGGUGGGGUUGAAGGGGGAGGGAAGGCCGGUGGCGGCUCUGCUGUUCUCGGGACCUACCGGGGUGGGGAAAACGGAGUUGUGCAAGGCACUGGCAGCUCACUACUAUGGAUCGGAAGAUUCCAUGAUUCGUCUAGACAUGAGUGAGUACAUGGAGCGCCACGCUGUCAGCAAGCUGAUUGGAGCGCCGCCCGGCUACGUGGGGUACGGCGAGGGCGGCAAGCUCACGGAGGCCGUCCGCAGGCGGCCGUUUUGUCUUAUUCUCCUGGACGAGAUCGAGAAGGCACACCCGGACGUCUUUAAUCUCCUGCUGCAGAUUUUCGAAGACGGGCGGCUUACUGACUCGCAGGUGGGUGUUGUUUGUCUGUUAGAGGGACGGGCGGAUGCGGGGCGGUAUGGCGGCGAUGAAGGAGGUGGUGAUGGAGGAGUUAAGGCGCAUUUUCGACCGGAGCUCAUGAAUCGGAUUGAUGAGGUGGUGGUGUUCCCGAGCACUGGAGAGGGAACAGGGCAGUAUGCGGCAAUGAGGGAGGUGGUGAUGGAGGAGUUGAAGGUGCACUUCCGGCCUGAGCUGAUGAAUCGCAUUGACGUGGGUGGUGGUGUUCCGAGCAUUGGAGAGGGGAACAGGGAGGUGGUGAUGGAGGAGUUGAAGGCGCACUUCCGUCCAGAGCUGAUGAACCGGAUCGAUGAGGUGGUGGUGUUCUGA